AUGACGUCCACUAUGUAUGAUUCGGAUGAAGCUUGUAAUAAGUCGCCACCGCUGGUAGCGAUAAAGCCCAAUUAUGGAGACAAACCGUCGACACCGCCAUUUGUCGACCCUGAAAAAGAAAAAGUGGCCGAUGCAACGGGUCAAUCCCGUAAGCACCAGCCGGAACCUCAGCGCUCAACCUUCGAGGGCGACCGAGUGCUGAUGGGGUAUCUAGCACCGAAUUUACCACAUAUUGCUGAGAUUGCAAGAGUUUCGCCCUUGGAGCCAUUUACCAGAGACCGGAAACAGCCUACUCAACCGCCAGAUUUCUUCAUCAAAAAGCCUACUCCGGUUGAGCUGGCUCCUCGACCAAGGGAGCCGGAACAUGGAGCCCCGCCUCUCAUUGGAGUCACAGAUCCUGAAGGUGCCACUCCAUAUACGCAGGCUCCGCCGCCUGAUGGGAUUAAGCGGGAGAUGGCCCCAAGAAGUCGAUAUAAUUCAGUCAGCGAGCUCCGACGACCUUCAGCAGAUUUCACCAAACACUCUCCAGAGCUGAAACAUCGACCUUCAUUUCCAUUACUACAGCCCAUCAAAUCGCCUGAUGCAUUCAGUCAGACGAAACCACCCGACAGUACGGGCAACACUCAACCACUACCUUCAAUUCACAAAGCUCUCAGCGCAUUGUCCGCCGACUUUGGCCCACCCCCAGCAGUCAACACAAUGCCGUCCCCUUAUCCAUUCUCCCCAUUGCCCGGAUCUGCAGCUUCCGAGGCUAAUUCCCCAUACCCUUAUUCGGGAAAAUUCCCCAUUGCCGCAAGUCCUUAUGCUCAUAUAUCCCCGGUGAGCAUGAAGGAUAGCUCUACCAAUCCUUCUCCAGCUUCACACACUUCGUUUUGGCGCGCGCCAGCAUCUGAGAUGAUGUCGGCCCAGACGCCAUAUGAGGCGUCGCCAAUGACCGCCACAAGCCCAGCGACCAGUUAUCCCACGCCGACAGAACAAGUCGGCGUUGGUAUGGGCGACCGGAUGUCGCUUGUCACGCAACCUAACGGCGGGCCCGUAGGUAGCUAUAAGUGCACCCACCCAGGAUGUACGGCUGCGCCGUUCCAAACCCAGUAUCUCCUCAACUCUCAUGCAAACGUGCACUCGCAAGACCGCCCCCACUUCUGUCCGGUGGAAGGGUGUCCGCGCUCUCUCGGCGGCAAGGGCUUCAAGCGCAAAAACGAAAUGAUGCGUCACGGGCUAGUCCACAACUCCCCGGGCUACGUCUGUCCCUUCUGUCCAGACCAGCAACACAAAUACCCGCGCCCCGAUAAUCUUCAACGACACGUCCGUGUACACCACGUCGACAAAAACAAAGAUGAUCCCAUUCUCCGUCAAGUCCUUGCUCAACGCCCUUUGGGUAGUGCUCGAGGUCGGAAGCGAAGAAUGAAUAAUACUAUCUAA